AUGAGACAAAUGGAAGAAGAUGUGGAAUUCAAUCCCUUGGUCAGCCGGUGGAAUAAGUAUCUGGACAAGGACAGUGAAGAUCAGGAGGAGGAGGUGUAUACAGACAGAGAGCAGAUGUACUCCCAUAAAAAGAACAUUGUGGAAGAACAAAGGAAACGCAAGAGCAGCUUCUGCCACAACGAUGCUCUGGAGUGCUUUGAGGAAAAGGGAAUUUAUGGGCUCACUGGCCAAGCCAAGAAAGUCAAAACCUUUGAGAGCAGGAAAGAUUCAACAACUGUAGCUGACCAGGACUGUGGAGAUUAUAGAUGUAACAGCGUUGUGGUUCCUGCUAUCAGUGAGUUUUGGGUACCUGAGAAUACACAAGCUCCAGAGUCAACUAAUGUCACCGUGUCCAAGUGGGGAAAAUUUCUCCUGUCUCCUAGCAGCUGUAAUAAUGGUUACAUAACCCUUGCAGCACAGAAGAGCAGUUGGAAGUUAGAGACACAGAGGGCCUCUGAAGGAAACUUUCUAAUGUCGGAUGGAUAUCCACAGCAGGAGGAAGAUUCUGAAUCUCCAGGCACAGGUGCCCAAACUGAAAAGAGCUUCACCAACAAUAAGCGUACAGCACAGAAAUAUGCCUCAAAGCUUCAUAGCACCACACUGGCUGCCAGGGGGCAGACUGCCUUUGACAUCAGUCAUGCAGCUAUUGGGGGUGUGCUUUCUGGAAAAUAUAAGGACUGCCUGAUUAGGGCAGUGUCUGGUGUUGCAGAGAACAAUGAAGGCAGGUUAUGCUUGGCAGGCACUGUGAUGCCAGUAAACUGUUUAUCCAAGGAUGCUGUGACCUUUGCUUCUACAGAUCCUUUUGCUAGCUCUAGUGGGGUGCCUCAGUGUCUUACUGCUCCAAGUAGCAGCUUCUUUUGCACAGAUGAGGAUUUUGAUGAUGAUCUGUGAAAAGUUCCAGGCUCUGCACUUUGACUUUCUUGCCCCUGU